GCUGCAAAAGUCCCUGUUAAAGAGCAUGUAUCUAAUGAGAAGCAGCUGGAAAAUGUGGAGUCUCAGCUGGAGAAAAUGGUUGAAGGCAACUACUAUCUGCGCAAAUCAGCAAAAGAGGCGUAUACAUCUUAUUUAUUAUCAUAUAAUUCACACUCCAUGAAGGACAUCUUUAAUGUUCACCGCCUUGAUCUGCAGGCGGUUGCAGCGUCCUUUUGCUUUUCUAAUCCACCCAAGGUGAAUUUGAACUUAGACAGCAGUGCAUCAAAGUUCAGGAAGAAGAUGCGUAAAGUAGAGGGAAGUCGAAACGGAUUCAGUGAGAGCAAUCCUUAUGGUAGGCAAAAAGGUGGAGAUGACAAUCGACAAUUUGUAAGGCAUUAGAGGAGCCUUCGUGUGUGCAGUAAAUUAUGCUUUUUUUCUGUUCCUUGCAACAAUAUCUUAUGUAUUCAUUUACUGCUGAAGUUUUGUAGCUGAAAUUGAGACUGUAAAACGCAAUUUUGAUUGAUGGCGUAAAUGCAAGUCAUCUGCCGUAGUUACCUACUUUGUAAAUUAAAAUUGAUAUUUUUUAUCAUGAGUUCGUUACCGGUAUUGUUCAUUCAGGAAUUGAGGAUUAGUGUACCAUUUUAUAUUUGAUACAGUUGCAUACAUU